AUGUCCGCGGUGCUGGCCGUGCCUGUGAGUGCCCCUGGGCCCGGCCGACCCCUGACCGACAGACGUUUCUGUCCCGACCCUCAGGGCGAGUGGGAGGACGACGAGCGGCGGAGGCGACGGAGGGAGAAGAACAAGGUGGCCGCAGCACGGUGUCGCAACAAGAAACGGGAGCGGACCGAGUUCCUGCAAAAGGAGUCCGAGCGGCUGGAGCUGAUGAACGGGGAGCUGAAGUCUCAGAUUGAGGAGCUGAAGCGGGAGCGCCAGGAACUGAUGUACCUGCUGAACCGGCACCGGCCCACGUGUAUCGUCCGGACGGACAGUGUCCGGAGCCCAGACCCGGUCCUGCUGCAGUGACUGACCCGUCCCGGGACAGCCCACCCACCGGGGUCUGUCUGCUGCCCAGCGCUGGCUGCUGGCUCAACGAGCUGCCCCGUGAAUGGUGUCAGUCACCCCGAGCCCUGGUGACCCAGGCUCCCGGUGACCCGGUCCGGGGCUCAUCAGGACACCAGGAUGGGACAGGGAGCAGAGACUGGACUUAACGAUGGCAUCUCGGACCCAUAGAGAGCGCUGCCGGUCCCCGGGCGGAGGAGCCGGGGAGAGCCGCCGGUCCCCGGGCGGAGGAGCCGGGGAGAGCCGCCGGUCCCCGGGCGGAGGAGCCGGGGAGAGCCGCCGGUCCCCGGGCGGAGGAGCCGGGGAGAGCCGCCGGUCCCCGGGCGGAGGAGCCGGGGAGAGCCGCCGGUCCCCGGGCGGAGGAGCCGGGGAGAGCCGCCGGUCCCCGGGCGGAGGAGCCGGGGAGAGCCGCCGGUCCCCGGGCGGAGGAGCCGGGGAGAGCCGCCGGUCCCCGGGCGGAGGAGCCGGGGAGAGCCGCCGGUCCCCGGGCGGAGGAGCCGGGGGCGCUGCCGGUCGCCGGGCGGAGGUGCUGGUUGGGGUUGGAUGUGGGGAGUGGACGGACCAGUCCAGCUUCACAUCUGGUUCACACCAGCUGGGCUGAGACUGGAGCCACAUCUGCAGCAAAUGCGUGAGCAGCUGCUGACCACUCUGGCCGGACCCCCGCCCCCGCCAGCUGAUGCAACAGCCGCAUUUAUCACUUUAUCAGAUUCUUGGACUGACUCGUCAGUAAAGAUGGAACUGGUGUCUCUGU